AUGGGGGGGGCGUCACCAGGCUCUGGCGGCCGUUUUGUUCUCCCCGCCGGUGCCGGCGAGGAGGAGCGGAGGAGGAGGACGAGGAGGAACGACGACGACGAGACAGCCGCUCCAGCUCCGGCGGACGCCUCUCGCUCCAGACAGGCAUCUCGGGGGUCCCGGGCGCCAGCGUGCCGGGGCGGGCGCGGCCCGGGCGGGCGGGGGGAGCACCGCCGCCGGCUCCGCUCCGCUCUCCCCUCACGCGAGGCCGCCGCUGGUCGGGGCCUGCCGGCAGCGCAAUUCGCGCGCAUCCAUUGGCCGCGCGCGCCGCGCGCCGAUUGUCGCGGGCGGCGCCGCCGCGGCGCGAUUGGUUGCGAGGUGCCGAGGGGCGUGUUGGAAACGUAUUCGCCGGCGGGGAUUGGUGAGGCGCCGGAGAUGCGGCGCCCAGGGAGCGGGCUGAGCGCGGUCGGGGGCGGUGGUGUGUUCCGGCUGUUCGCGAUGUGGCGCGGUGUCCGCGGCUGCUGUUGGAUCGCUCCUGCCGCAUCUGGGUUCCCGGUGCUUCUCCCGCUGCGGAGCGGCCCGGCGGGGCCAUGCGGGCGCCGGGCCUAUGCCCCGCCGGGAGAGAGGAAGAGGUUCUACCAGAACGUGAGCAUCUCGCAAGGAGAAGGAGGCUUUGAAAUAAACCUGGACCACCGAAAGCUGAAAACGCCCCAGGCCAAGCUCUUCACUGUCCCCAGCGAGGCCUUGGCCAUUGCAGUGGCAACAGAGUGGGAUUCCCAGAAAGACACCAUCAAGUUCUACACAAUGCACCUGACCACUCUGUGCAACACGGCGCUGGACAAUCCCACGCAGCGAAACAAAACGCAGCUGAUCCGAGCGGCUGUGAAGUUCCUGGAGACAGACACUCUCUGCUAUCGUGUGGAGGAGCCUCCAGCCUUGGCAGAGCUGCAAAAGAACGAAUGGGAUCCAGUGGUUGACUGGGCUGAGAAAAGGUACAAUGUGACAAUUGGCUCCUCGACCAGCAUCCUGGGGCCCAACAUCCCAGCCAGCACCAAGGAGACCUUCAUCAGCCAUCUGGCAUCCUACAACAUGUGGGCCCUGCAAGGUAUAGAAUUUGUAAUCACCCAGCUGAAAUCGCUGAUCCUGUCCAUGGGCCUGAUUGACAGGCACAUUACAGUAGAGAAAGCUGUGCUUCUGUCUCGCCUGGAGGAAGAAUACCAGAUUCGGCGCUGGGGCAAGGUGGAGUGGGCCCACGACUACGACCUGUGUGAGCUCCGUGCCCGCACGGCAGCUGGGACUCUCUUUGUUCACCUCUGUUCAGAGAGCUCAACUGUAAAACACAAGCUGUUGCAGGACUGAGGCAGCUGGGCUGGGCACAGGGGAAAAUUCCCACCUGGGAAUUGCUGGCCUGACCCAGUGGAUGGUAGGCCAGCACUCCUGCCAUCCUGUUUUCCCUGGGAUCAGCCUCACGUGCUAUGACUUUGUGGGCAAUUCCUCACUCGGCCUGCCUGCUGCAGUGCAGUGCCAGCAGUUUGAGCCCACAAGGAGGAAAGGUCAAGGUGAGCUUCCCCAGGGCAGCAGCUCCAUCCAUUCCUGGCGUCUGUAACUCAUCUGAGGAGCUCCUGUGGAAGAAACAGCUUCCUGGGCAGGGCACGGCACAGACAUACCCAGCAUAUGCCACAUGUCUUCAUAGCUGCCAGCUCCUGACACACACUUGUUAUGGAAAUCUGAAAACAGACUCCACUGCAUCUGUUGUUCAUCCCUCGGCGUGCCUGCCUGUAACACCAGGGUCUCUGUGUUCCAUUAAAGGCUCGCCCCUGUGAGGUACCAAAA